AUGUCCUCAUCUGAUAUUUUCGAUGUUUUAAAUAUUCAACAGCCGAAAUCGAGCAGUCCACCGUCAACGAGUACUACACCCGGUGCAAGUCGAUUACCGAAACCGCAAAUGACAGGUAUGCAGCGAGAAUUGUACAAUUUAUUGGGGGACAAUUCACCGUCUUUGACUGUACAAAAGGGCAGUAAAUUCAAAGACAAAUUAAAUGCACUGUCGAAGCCGUCGCCCUGGACUCUGGCAGAGUUCGAGACGGCAUCGUCCGUCAAGUUGAGACACUGGGUGAAAGGAUCUAAAGAGUUGAUCGAAGAACAACCUCAACCAAGAACUUUUGACAAAUUCAACACCAAGUUAAGCAUUCCGACGUUCUCUCAAGAAGAAUAUGAGGACUUUAUGGGGGACGAAAAGGAACAAGUAGCCCUGAAAGAAUGGACGUUUGAUGAAAUUGAUAAUUUGUUCAAUUCUUGUCGCAAGUACGAUUUACGCUGGUUUGUCAUUUAUGACCGUUAUGAAUCCAGCAAACAACGAAGCCUCGAAGAUCUCAAAGAAUUAUUUUAUCUCGUUUGUGAACGAUAUUUUAUCAAACAGGAGCCCGAAAAUCCACUUCUGCCGUCACUGAAGUUCUCGAAAGGCCGUGAACUUGAACGUAAAAACUACUUGGCAAGACUUUUGUCUCGCACUGCUGCUGAAAUCGCAGAGGAAGAAGCACUUAUUAUUGAGUCCAAGAAAUAUGAAAUGGCUGCCAAGAAAACUUUGAGCGAAAGAGAAGCAAUACUGCGAUUAUUGGACUCUCCGAACUCAGAAAAACCAGUCGUCCAAUACUUGAGCUCUCAAGGUUUGACCCAGUUAUACAACAGUCUCCUUGUGGAUAAAAGUCGGAAACGUAAACAUGAUGCAAAUGCUCCUGAGAAUCCGUGGAUGAAACAACAGCAUCAUUUCGCUCAACAACGGCAACAGAUGCAACAGGCGCAAGACGGGAAGAAAGAGGCCGCGGCUAAUCUCGCAACGCAAGCAAAUAAAAAGACCAAGAAACAAAGACAAGAAAUGCAGAACGCUAUGAAAAGAAAGGCCGAUAGCGAGUAUGCUGAACAUCUGCUUCAAAAUUUUACCCCAGAAGAAAGAAGUUUACUGGGAGUACAGGCUCAUGGAGAAAAAUUAACGCCAGGUGUGUUUCUCCGCUCAAGUAAACUCCCCGUCUUUAAACCUGCCGUCCAAAACAAAGUAAAUGCCAUGUUACAAGAGCUUGGACUGCCAUCGAGGCCAGCUAUGCUAACAGCUGCUAUAGUCCAGAAGCAGGAGGAUUUAUUAAAGCGAGUUAUGACGCUUCUUGAUAUAAAGAAGCAGCUCGACAAACAUGAAGCCGAGAAAUCUGCUACUAACGAAAUAAGUUGA